UCAGGAAAGCCGCCUCGCGCGGUCCCUGCUGUCGCCCGAAGCGAAGCCCUGGGAACAGUUAAUCUGCCGUGACUUUGAAGCGUCCUGCCCCCUCCUUCGGGGCCCGCGCUGCACACCUGAUGCCAGGCAAGUGAAGCCAUUGAACUUGCUCUGAAGAAGUUCCAAGAUAGGUGCUGCUAGAUUUUAAUCAAGAACAGAAUGGGGAAGCAGAACAGUAAGCUGCGACCCGAGGUACUCCAAGAUCUCCGGGAAAACACUGAAUUCACAGACCAUGAGCUACAAGAGUGGUACAAAGGCUUCCUAAAAGAUUGCCCAACUGGCCAUUUGACUGUUGACGAAUUCAAAAAAAUAUAUGCAAAUUUUUUCCCUUAUGGUGACGCGUCGAAGUUUGCAGAACAUGUCUUCCGCACAUUCGACACCAAUGGUGAUGGGACGAUUGACUUUAGGGAAUUUAUCAUUGCUCUGAGUGUCACCUCUCGGGGAAAGCUGGAACAGAAACUGAAAUGGGCAUUUAGUAUGUAUGAUCUUGAUGGCAAUGGUUACAUCAGCCGUGGUGAAAUGCUAGAAAUAGUGCAGGCAAUCUACAAAAUGGUGUCAUCGGUAAUGAAAAUGCCGGAAGACGAAUCCACUCCAGAAAAACGAACAGACAAAAUCUUCAGGCAGAUGGACACAAACAAUGAUGGUAAACUGUCUCUUGAAGAGUUUAUUAAAGGUGCCAAGAGUGAUCCCUCUAUUGUGCGAUUGCUACAAUGUGAUCCGAGCAGCGCAAGUCAGUUCUAAUUAAACUCUGGACAGUUUGCAAAGAAAAUGCUGGCUUGUUGUUCAAGCUUUGCUCGCAAAUGGAUGCCUUCUCAAUCAUUCCUCAACUGUUAGUGGAUAAGAUUCCAUUGCCAGAUUGGUGUGUGUUUCCGAGUGAAGACAGCCGCGCUCUUUCACUAACACCAGUGCAAAGUUCCUUUUGGCAGUUCCAUUUCCUCUCACCCCUAAUGUUUUGACUCACUCUACACAUUUAAUGUAAUUGAAAGGUAUGUUUACAUGCAGAUGCUAUGAGCUCAAAUUUCCAGUGAGACAUCACAUCAUGUAGUCGGUAGGAAAGACGACUUUCUAAUAGUCCUAAGAAGAUGCUAGGUAGGACUUUGAUCCAGCAUAGCAGACGGUAGAUAAUUUAUUUUGCUUCAAAAAUGACUGUACAAAAUGAGGACUGAAUGAAAUAGAAAGCAAAAUAAAACAAAAAAGGAAAAAAAAAGAAAAAGUUUUCUUGGGCAUGGUUCCAAUUUUUUUUUCUUUGAGAAAAAUUGCUUGCACUUAUCUAAUGGUCUUUACUUUCUUUUAAUAUAUAUAUAUAUAUAAAAAUUAUAUAUAUAUGGUGAAGUAAAAAUUAAUAUUUAGGUAAUCUAUUUAAGGCAUAAAGUAGAAUUCAAGCUUAAAUUCUUCGUCUGUGAUUUUAUUCAAAUCUUGGAGAUUGGAGAUUGUUUUUUGUGAUAUUUAUGCAUUAGCAAAUUGCUGUUCAAAAGAAAGUGCAUGACUAGCAGUUUGUGGAUAUUUCACUCUGUUUAAUUACUGAAUGAAAAUAUUUUGUUCAUUUUUAUUGUUGAUCAUUCCAGCGUUACUGUAUUAACAAAAGACUUAAAGGAGUAAUCUUAAUUUUUGUAUUUCUCAGUGGAGUCCCACUUAAGGUGGAUGUAGCAUUAAACGGCUUUUGAGUGAGAUGAAGUGAUGUGACUCGCACUGCUGUUCUAAAUUUUGCUACACCCUCCUACCUGUUCAUGUUCAUAGUCUUGUGCAUUCCAGUGUUAUUUAAUAUCUGUCUAAUGCCAAGAACUAUUAAUUGAAAUAAAGACACUUUCUUGUCAGUACCUCUGUCUUAAUUUAACCAGUGCAGAUAGUCAUUGCCCUAUAUUUGAUCACAGGUUAUGCUCCUUGUCUGAGAGCCUCCCCAACCCACCAAACGCACAUUCCCUUAACUAAAGGUGGGAUUUUUGGCUUUCCUCUGUAGUCCUUUGAUCCUUGAGGCCCCUGCUCAGGGGUAUGUAUUAGUUCCCAUUUGUGGGAUUUAUGAACCCUUAUCUGUAGCAGACUGGACUGAGACCAUGGAGUCCUAAUUUUUCAAAGCUGAAAAGUCAUGGAAAAGGUGAUGACAUGUGGUGGCACUGAGUUUAGAUUACAUCUAGAGUUGCCCAUCAUCUGGACACCAAGCUGAAAGCUGGAAAGCCUGGGUUGUCUCCCUGAAUCUACCACUGACUUCAUCUGAUGCUUUAUUUCAUGCCUGGAACUAACAUGCAAUGCAGUUGUUUAGUAUGGCUGUAUAGUAGUUUGUUGGCAUAAAAGUAUGGAGCUCUAUAACUUAUGACCAGAGAUCCUGGUUUUCUCUGAUUAAAAAAAA